UGGAACAAGAGAGAUUUGCAAAUUUACAAGUAGCCAGGAGAAAAUUAGCGUCGUCCAAGAUGAGCUUCAUGCAACCGAGUCCCGUUAAGUACGUGUGCUCCUGUGGCAUUCUGAACCCGAUCAACAAGCUCUUCUUUUGUCGCCACUGCCCUAAGCUGCGCUGUGGAUUCUGUGUGACUCACGAGAUUGAAUCGCAUUUCUGCUCCAACUGCCUGGAGAACAUCCCGUCCACUGAGGCGCGUCAUAAGAAGAACUGCUGCGCUAACUGCUUCGAUUGUCCCUGCUGCCAGCACACCCUAUCAGCCAGAGCCUCCACCGUCCCAGUGGUACGAAAGUCGGAGGAGGUAAAGGAAUCGAAGGAUGGUGACUCUAAGGGUGAUGCAACGCCCCCUGUCCCGGCCAGCAGUAAACCCUCGGCGGUGCCCACCACCAAGAAAAUGUACUAUCUGUCAUGCUUAUCCUGCCGAUGGACAACUAGAGAUGUUGGUAUUCCCGACCAGGGUGUGGCCACGGGUACCUGGCCGGAUAACGAGUGCCUAUACCAAGCGCGAUUCAACGCCCUGGUCGAGUACUUUCAAGCGGUGGUACUGCAGGAAAAGCAGGAGAAUCUGGAGUUUAUGCGGCGCAAGGCACCCAAGCAGCAUAAGUUCCCCAGCCUGACAGAUCGUACUGGUUUGACCGUAUCACUUAUUCGCCGCCAGAUUGGCUGGAAUGAUAAAGUUCCAAAGGCCAAGGCUGUGAUCACGCCGGCGGAAGCUACGGCGGAAGUGGAGGGCCUGCCGGCGAACAUUUUCACGGAACCGCUGAACCUGCGUAAUGUCACGACGAUCACACAGCGUCACAGCCAGCCAGCUGAUCAGCCUACUGCCGUAGGAAGCCUGUAUCCACAGCGGAGAUCGUUGUGGAUAAAGCGAUCGCUGCGUUGCCGUCAGUGCGAGCACAACUUAAUUAAACCGGAGUACCAUCCCACGUCGAUCAAGUACCGCAUCCAGCUUUUCGCUAGUUGUCAUGUGCCCCAGGUAGUGAUGGUGCGUUGCGAGCAGCCGCUGGUGCCCGGCAAAAGCAACGCUAUCCUGUUAAAGCUUACCAAUCCGACAAUUUACGACAUGACCAUUCGCCUGUUGGCUACAGCACCUCCUGAGGAUCCGCAACUUGCAACAGAGGCGACUCGCGCUGUGAAGGAGGAAUCGAUUUCUUCCUCACCACUUUUGAAAGCUGUUGGUAUAACGUUGUCCCGACAAAAUUCAACACGGGAGGUUAAGCGCGACGUGAUAGAUGAGUCGAAUGCGGAAAUUGUGCCGUUGGAAAGCGAGUUUGUACUCAGCCAGCGUGAUGACUCGAAGGAGUUUGAUGAGUAUGUCCAGCUUCCCACGGAGGAGCCGAAAUUUAUUGUCUGGCGCAAGGGGAAUAAGGUCCUCUUACGACUGCAGUUUACCCCGGCAGAGAACCUGCCAAGUAACACGGAGGUCGUGCUGGGUUUCUUUAUACAAUAUACGUAUGUCAAUACCGUAACUAACACGCCCGAAAAGAAAGAGCCAACCACACAUGCGCUCCACUCCAGGGUGUUCAUUACCGCGGGUGUAACUCAAUAGAAGGCGAACUGAAUUGGAAACUUAUUUAGCCAAAUGGCUUACUAAUCGAACUUAUCGGAAACAUUAAACACGCUUUAUGAAAGCUAGCAAAAAAUGUAUUUAUUAAAAAUUGCCUUCGGGAAAAAGCAAAUAGUAUUAAAGAUAAAUAAACAGCUUGUUCUAACCUUA